AUGUCACGACCAAUACCAAUCGAACAAAUGGUGAGUUCGUUCAAAUCAUAUCACAGAACAACUCAAAUGUUCAAGAUAGACAACUUCUCUUUAUUUAAGAAGCAUAAGAUCGAAAUGGUCGAAUCCUCUGUUUUCGAUCUCGGUGGUCACAAAUGGAAACUCGUUGUGUACCCAAAUGGGAAUAAGAAUGGAAAUGGUCAUGUCUCCAUCUUCUUAGAGAAUCAAGCUUCAAUAGAUGUUAAGAUCGACUUUGAGGUCUUUUUCGUCAGAAAAAGGAGCUUUGGUACAUCAUCAAUACCGCAAAGAGUUGGGACUCUGAGUUUGAUAUCUCUUGCUGAUCUUGAGAAAAAAGGAUACCUUAUUGGAGAUUGUUGUAUGUUUGGUGCCAAGCUUUAUGGGUUUGAACCUGGUGAACCCGCAACAGUGGAAUGUUUUAGCCUAAUUGAGAAGCCUCUCAAUCACAAAGUCACUUGGAUGAUGACCAAGUUCUCGUCGUUUGACCCUGAAAAGUUCCAUCAGUCCAAUGAAUUUGUUGUUGGAAACCGGAAAUGGUGA